AUGUGAUGGCCAUGUAAAAUAAAUUAAUUUUUUUUUUGUCCAAGUUAGCGUGGCUAGAAUUUCACAAAACAAAAAUAUUAGUAUAAGGUUUUUUUUGACAAAUUAUAUUUCCUACAUUUUUGGGUAAGUUGGAAAGAAAUUUGGAUGACAAUAUCAAUGUCCACAUGUAGAUAUUUUAUAGAGGAGUGCACUCACAAGUUGCAGAAAAAUCCACCAUUAAUAAAAAGACACGUGUUACAAUCGCAAUGGAUAUUUAUCUUAUUAAAUAGUACCCUUUCCAUAAUCAUCUCAAUCUAACCCAAUCCACUUUUUCAGUUAUCUCCCAACCAACCCACCACCAUGGAUCGCCGUUUCCUCUUAGCCCUUUUCCUCUUCGCCGCCGUAGCAACCGCCACAACCGACGACACCACCUCCGACGAUCUUAUCAUCCGUCAAGUCGUCGAUAACGCAGAAGAUCACUUACUAAACGCAGAACAUCACUUCUCUUCCUUCAAGUCAAAGUUCAGCAAAAGCUACGCAACACAAGAGGAACACGAUUACCGAUUCGGAGUUUUCAAAUCGAAUAUCAUCAAAGCUAAGCUUCAUCAGAAGCUUGAUCCUUCCGCUGAACACGGAAUCACUAAAUUUUCCGAUUUAACGGCGUCUGAGUUCCGUCAGUUUCUUGGACUUAAGAAAGGUCUCCGUUUACCUGCUCACGCUCAGAAAGCUCCGAUCCUCCCUACCAACAACCUUCCAGAAGAUUUCGAUUGGCGCGAGAAAGGCGCUGUUACUCCGGUCAAGAAUCAGGGUUCUUGCGGUUCAUGUUGGGCGUUUAGUACAACCGGAGCGUUGGAAGGAGCACACUAUUUGGCUACUGGAAAGCUAGAGAGUCUUAGUGAGCAACAGCUUGUGGAUUGUGAUCAUGUGUGUGAUCCAGAGGAAUAUAACUCGUGUGACUCGGGCUGUAAUGGUGGAUUGAUGAACAAUGCUUUUGAAUACAUACUCCAGUCUGGAGGAGUAGUGGCAGAAAAGGAUUAUCCUUACACCGGAAGAGAUGGCACUUGCAAAUUUGACAAAAGCAAGGUUGUUUCUUCCGUAUCUAAUUUUAGUGUGGUUUCUCUAGAUGAAGAGCAAAUUGCUGCAAAUCUAGUAAAGAAUGGCCCCCUUGCAAUUGGUAUUAAUGCUGCCUGGAUGCAGACCUAUAUGAGUGGUGUCUCAUGCCCAUACAUCUGUGCCAAAGGACGUUUGGAUCAUGGGGUUCUUCUAGUUGGUUUUGGAAAAGCCGGUUAUGCUCCCAUUCGAUUGAAGGAAAAGCCUUAUUGGAUCAUCAAGAAUUCAUGGGGGGAGAACUGGGGAGAGGAGGGAUAUUACAAGAUCUGCAGAGGCCGAAAUGUAUGUGGAGUGGAUUCGAUGGUCUCAACUGUAGCUGCAGCUCAAAUCAACCAUUGAAUACAGGGAUGCUGAUUCUGGUGGGGUCUCAUCUAAUGCAUCAUUAAGCUAGUUGAAUUUGUGUAAAUAUAUUAUCAUGAAGUUGCGAAUCUAUCUUCUGAUUCUGGCAAAAACUAUUUCCACAUAGUAUCAGGAAAUUGCCACAGCCAUGUUACUAUUUAUGUAGUUGGUAGUAAUUAUGUAUGCUUGUUAUUCCAGUGAUGUUUAUCCAUAGCCAUUGCAACAUGGCAGAUACAUGAAUUGGAAAAUAAUUAGUAUAA